AAGUUAUUAUAUACAAUCAAAAAUUUUCUGUCUUGAGGCACAAAUUUGCAAAGAUUGUUUGAACCUAAAUACACAGCUUCUGUUCCAACUGUCAAAUGUCAUGAAGCUAACCAAACUUUUUUUCCACUUUAUUUUAUGAAAAAUGUCCGAAACGGGGGGCAAAGCUCCCGUGAGUGUAAUAGUGCUUGGAAUGGCCGGUUCUGGCAAAACUUGUCUUGUUACUCGCUUAUCAAAUUCUCCGAAAAAACCGUACGUUGUGAAUUUGGACCCUGCUUGUUUCAAUUUACCCUAUUUCGCUAAUAUUGAUAUUAGAGAUACGGUAAAUUACAAGGAGGUUAUGAAGCAGUACAAAUUAGGCCCUAAUGGUGCUAUCGUCACAAGUUUGAACUUAUUUUCAACGAAAUUCUCUGAAGUGAUUGGUUUUAUUGAAAAGUCGAAUCAUGAUUUGUGCAUUUUGGAUACUCCUGGUCAAAUUGAGGUGUUUACUUGGUCGGUUUCGGGUUCGAUUAUUACCGAAACUUUGGCUUCAACUUUACCAACAAUCAUUUUAUACGUUGUUGAUUGUGUGCGAAGUACUUCUCCUGUUACGUUUAUGUCAAACAUGCUUUACGCUUGCUCGAUUUUGUAUAAAACGCGUCUUCCUUUCAUUGUUGUUAUGAAUAAAGUUGAUAUCGUUGAUCAUUCAUAUGCUGUUGAUUGGAUGACCGAUUUUGAGUCGUUUCAACAAGCACUUGAAGCUGCUGACGACGAAAGCUACAUCAGCAAUUUGACGAGGUCUAUGGCUUUAACAUUGGAUGAGUUUUACCGAAAUUUAAAAGUUUGUGGAGUAAGCGCUGCCACAGGACAAGGACUUGAAGAUUUAUAUAAACUAAUAGACGAAGCUAGGAUUUUAUACGAAACUGAAUAUAGAAGCGAAUGGUUGAAAAUAAAACAACAAUCAGAAGCACAAAAAUUGGAAAAAUCGAAAAAUAAUGAACAAUGUUUUACGUUGUCGGCUGGGGCCGAAUUGUCUGAUGUUUUUCUAAGACAUCCAGGUAAUGACAGUAGUGAAGACUCUGAGGGUGAAGAACAGGCGGCUCCAUAUCAACAAAAUGUUGAUAAUGAAAAAGAAGACGAUGUGUUUAAAAAAGUGCUACAACAACAAAGAGAAAUGCAAGUGAAAAGGGCAAAAGAAGCAGAGAUGAAGAAACACCAAACCUAGUAGGUAAUUUAUUAAAUAAAAGGAAAAAAUAUAGAAAACAACAAUUAAAAUUUUAUUCACUUGAAACUAGAAAUAAAUUACAAUAAAUUAUUCAGAUCGUUGGUUAAGAAAAAAAUUAACACAUUUUGUGUGUCAAAAAGAAAAAAAAAACCAUAGCUGGUGUUAAGUUUUUUCUUAGGCACAUCAAUUGCGUACAUAUUUUUUCCUAUUUUAUAUAAAUAUAUAUAAUAAUAAAUAAAUAAAUGUCUAUUGUAUUUAGCGUUCAACAUACAAUUAGUUGGCACGCUUUUCUAUCAAUAUAAAAAUAAAUAUAGAAACUUUGUAAAAUAAAA